GUAUUGACGAUUUCGGUUGAGCUCGAGCGCAUUGAUUCCAUCCACUACUCAACCAUGCCGUCCGCCAUUGUCAUCCGCAAGAUCGAAGGGAAGCCAGGAAAGGUCUACUAUCCAUUGGAGCGUAUCACGCUCCCGUCUCCCGCGCCCAAACCCGAUGAGGUCGUCGUUCGCCUUCAUGCCGCGGCGUUGAACCAUCGAGAUCUCUUCCUCCGCCAGCAUCUGUACCCGGGCAUCGCCUUCGGCGUCCCGCUGCUCGCCGAUGGCUCCGGCGUCGUCGUCGCGACCGGUUCCAACCCCGAGGCGAAGCGAUGGCUCCACAAACGCGUCGUCUUGAACCCCGGCACGGGUUGGGAGUCGCAUCCGGACGGCCCCGAGGACCCCUCGGGAUAUGCCAUCCUUGGUGGGACACGCAUGAACCCGGUCGGGACGUUGGCCGAGGUGGCUACGGUGCGACACGGCGAAGUCGAGGAAAUUCCACCGCAUCUGAGCGACCACGAGGCCGCCGCCCUACCAUUGACAGGCCUCACAGCCUGGCGAGCGGUGGUCACCAAGAGCGGAAACGCAAUGGAGGGACGCAACAUCCUCGUGACUGGCAUUGGUGGAGGGGUCGCCAUCAUGGCGCUACUCUUCGCCGUCGCCAAAGGCUGCCGAGUCUAUGUCACCAGCGGAAGCGAAGAGAAGAUCGAAAAGGCGAAGAAGCUGGGCGCCGUGGGCGGAGUGAACUACAAGGAGGCCGGCUGGGACAAGAAGCUGCAGGCAAUGCUUCCGAAGGAGCGGAAAGUGCUGGACGCCAUCAUCGAUGGAGCGGGAGCCGACAUUGUCGAGAAGGGAGCGAAGCUCCUCAAGGCUGGCGGUGUCAUCUCCAUCUACGGCAUGACCGUGUCACCCAAGAUGCCGUUCCUGAUGCCGGCGGUGCUCAAGAACAUUGAGGUUCGAGGCUCAACCAUGGGCUCACGCAAGGAGUUUGCCGAGAUGAUGCAGUUUGUGAAAGACCACGGCCUGCAGCCAGUGGUAUCUCGAGUUUCCAAGGGUGGCCUGGACAACCUGGAGGGCAUUGAUGGCCUAUUUGAGGACAUGAAAAAGGGAAGUCAAUUUGGCAAGUUGGUGGUUGAGAUCGUGAAGGAUGGCGACUCAAGCAAACUCUAACCUUCCUCAUACACCGCUCUAUGAUGAAGUGGGAUUAUGUGAACGAUGCGCAUGCGCAUCGGGAUUGAACGCCAUAUUGCCUUGGCUGUACACAACAAUAGCCAGCAUGCCUUCUCUUUCACAUACUUGGGAAGGAAGUGAUUGGAUAGGAGAUGUUCGGUAGAGGCGCGAGACAUACGAGCAUGCAUUCGGCAUACGUUUUAGACUUCGCAAUGAAACGAAGGGGUGUUGGACAGCACGAAAGCCAGUCCGCCAGGACGACCUAAUUCAUCC